AUGAGUGCUGCCUUCGCAAGAAAUGCUGCCUUCGCAAGGAGUGCUGCCUUCGCAAGGAAUGCUGCCUUCACAAUGAGGGCUGCCUUUCCAGGGAGUGCUGCCUUCGCAAGGGGUGGUGCCUUCGCAAGGAGAGCUGCCUUUGCAAGGAGUGCUGCCUUCGCAAGGGGUGCUGCCUUCCCUAGGAGUCCUGCCCUUCUAGGGAGAGCUGGCUUCGCAAGGAGUGCUGCUAUCGCUAGGAAAGCUGCUUUCGCAAGGAGGGCUGACUUUGCAGGGAGUGCUGACUUUGCAGGGAGUGCUGCCUUCACAAGGUGUGGUGCCUUCGCAAGGAGUGCUGCCUUUGCAAGGACUACUGCCUUCGCAAGGAGUUCUGCUUUCGCAAGGAGUUCUGCCUUCGUUAGGAGUGCUGCCCUCGCAAGGAGGGCUGCCUUCGCAAGGAGGGCUCCCUUCGCAGGGAGUGCUGCCUUCGCUAGGAGUGCUGUCUUUGCAAGGAGCACUGCCUUCGCAAGCAGUGCUGCCUUCGCAAGGAGUCCGGCCUUCGAAAGGAGUGCUGCCUUACCAAGGAGUGCUGCCUUCGCUAGGAGUGUUGUCUUCGCAAGGAGGACUGCCUUCGAGAGGAGGGCUGCCUUCACAAAGAGUGCUGCCUUCGCAAGGGGUAAUGCAUUUUAA